CAAAAUCUUCGAUCUUGUCCGCCAUGCUCCAGUGCGUCGGGGCCGCGGCCUUCUGCCGGCGGCGCGCGUCCUGGAUCGUCAGCAACGAGGACACGCCCUGGCGCCAGCCGCCGGCGGAGCCCUGCGACGAGGUGCCGGACGUGGACCUCGGCGUCCGGGCGACCUACGCGUCCGACGGCGACCGCUUCACGAAGCUCGUCAACGCGCGCUGCGACCCGCCGACGCCCUACCCGACGGCCUACUCGACGGGCCCGCCGCCGGGGAGGGACGAGGCCGCGAAGCCGUUCGCGACGCUCGACGCGUACCUCUCGCGCGGCCCGCCGGCGCCGGCGCCCGCGGCGGCGCCCGUGUGGCGCCCGCGCUACGAGAAGAUUCAGAUCGUGCGGGACCAGUCCCCCACGGGGCCGCCGAAGAAGCGCACGCCCAAGAAGAAGGCGCCGUCGCCGCGCGCCGAGGCGCCGCCCGCGCCGGCGCCGCCCGCGGUUCCGCCGGAGGAGGAGGACGUUCCGCCGGAGGAGGAGGACGACGACGUCGCGGCGCCGAAGACGCGCGACGAGGUCCAGGCCGAGCAGAACACGGCCUUCUGGCAGGAGCGCAUGUGGGAGGCCCUGGCGAACGGCCGCGCGCAGCGCUUCCAGGGGCCGAACGCGUCGCCGAGCCCGGCCAAGGGCCGCAAGAAGAAGGCCGCGUCGGCGAAGACGAAGACGCCCGCCCGGGCCGAGGAGCCGGAGGAGCCGGAGCUCGAGUGCCGGCCGAAGCCCAAGGCCGCGGCGGACGAGCCGGCCGCCGCGGCGGACGAGCCGGCCGCGCCGGUCGCGGAGGAGCCGGCGGUGGUGGCGGAGUCGCCGGCCGCCGCCGCGGACGAGCCCGCCGCCGCGCCGGACGCGCCCGCCGCCGCGCCGCCGUCGGCGGAGUCCGACGCGCUCGCCGAGGUGUCGCGGGAGCUCCUCCGCAGCCAGCUCGCGGCGGCGGACGCGCCCGCGGACGACGAGGAGGCGACGGACGUCGCGGCCAAGGCCGCGCGCGACGUCUACGGCGCCGCGGUCGACGCCUGGAAGCCCAAGGGCAAGGGCUCGCUCAAGAAGGAGCUCGCCGAGGCCGCGAAGCCGCCGACGCCGACCCACAAGGGCCGGCCGCCGAACGUCACGGCGCGCGACGAGGCCCCGCCGUCGAAGAAGCGGGCCGCGCCGGAGCCGGCGGCGGCCGACUACGCGCCGGGGUCGCGCGUCUGGAGCGACUUCGACCCCGGACCCGACGGCCAGGAGUGGUUCGCCGGCACCGUCGUCAACGUGAGCGGCAAGAACCUCACCGUCGUCUGGGACGACGGCGUCGACCUCAUCACGACGCGGGCCUACGUCCGCGCGGACCGCGGCGGCCUCCCGCUCGGCGUCGACGUCCGCGAGAGUACGCUGAAGCUCCGCAAGCCCAACAAGGAGGCGCGGCGCAAGCUCGACUACCUCCUCCCCCAGGCCCGCACCGCGCCCACACCAGCGAUGGCGUCGUUCCAGGGCCUCUUCUCGUCGACGCGCCGGAAGAAGGGCGAGCGCGCGCCGACGCCGCUCGCGACGUCGCUCACGCAGCGCUGCGCCGUCGUCCUCGGCGACUGCCUGGCGGGCAUGGCCGACGACGUCGGCGACUGGGGCGAGACCGUCGCGUCGUGGCCCGCGCCCGCGCUCAAGCGCGUGCUGCCGCAGCUGCCCGGCGCCGCGCUCCUGCGGCUCCGCGCCGCGUACCCGGACUCGCCCCUCGCGCGGGCGCUCGACGACGGCGACGCCCUCGACGUCGCCCUGCGCGCCGAGGCCAUCACGAAGCAAGGCAGCCAGCUCUUGGACGUCUUCGCGGGCGACGCCGCGGGCGCCGCCUGGCGGCUGGGGCCGUGGAGCGCGGACGUCGCGGCGGCGCAGGUGCUCUUCCACCAGCCGCCGCGCUUCUGGCCCGACGGCGCCGACGCGGCCUGCGCGGACCUGGCCCAGUUCCGCGACGCCUUCGACGUCUUCGGGUCCGGGCUGCUCCGCGGCGUCGAUUGGAAGGCGUUGGGCCUCGUCGCCGCGGGCGGCGGCGUCCUCGCGUGCGUCGAGGCGCGGCCGCCGGGCCGCGAGGCCGGGCCGGGGCUCGUGGAGUGGUUCGAGGCGCGGAGCCACGCGGCCAUGGCGGGCCGGAGCCGCGUCGAGGCCGCCGCGCGGACGCUGCAGCGGCGCGACGCCGCGUCGCGUUUCUGCACGUCAAGCGACGUCGACCUCUUCCUCGUGGGGCUCGACGAGCGCGCGGCGAUGGACGCGCUCGUCGCCGUCCACGCCGCCGUCGUGCGCAACGCCUGCGCGCGCGUCGCCUGCGUCCGCUCCGCGUCCGCGAUCACGUUCAGCGCGGGCUUCCCCCGGCGCAACGUCCAGGUCGUGCUCCGGCUCUACGCGUCCGCGGCGGCCGUGCUCGACUCCUUCGACGUCGACGCCUGCUGCUUCGCCUACGACGGCGAACGCGUCUGGGGCGCGCCGCGCGGCGUCCGCGCGCUCUGCGAGAAGCUCUGCCGCGUCGACGCGGCGCGGCGGUCCCUCACCUACGAGGCGCGGCUCGUCAAGUACGCGCUCCGGGGCUACGCGGUCUACGUGCCGCCGUCGCUCUACCGCCCCGCGGCCGUCGACCCGCGGGUCUUCGACCUCCCGCUCGCGGUGCGCGACGCGGACCCGCGGCGCGGCGCCGCCGCGGGCGCGGCGACGCCCCAGUCGGGCCUCGUGCGGCUGCUGAUCGCGUCGCGGCUCUUCUCCCUGCGCCGCACGAAGGACGAGGAGCUGAACCGCAUGGAGGAGAAACCGGGCAGCGUCGCGCGGCGGCGGCCCGGCGCGCCCGCACCGACGCGGUCGCUGCGCGACGUGUUCCUCAAGGGGUUCAUGUACUACUACUCGCGGACGCGCAGCCCGCCCAUGCUGCCCGACGAGCCCAAGACCUACUACAGCUCCUACGGCCCCGCGCGCGUCGAGGCGGACUACGUCGCCGAGGACGAGGCCGCGCGCGCGCACCGCCGCGACGCGCAGCGGACGCGCGAGCCGCUCUACCGCUGCGCCGUGCCCUGGAAGCCCGGCUGGGACGCGGCGCGCAUCCUGAGCUUCAUCCGCGCCAAGGAGGCGGCGCUCGUCGCCGACGAGGACGAGGACGGCUGGCGGCCGCCGACCGUGCGCGUCGUCGCCGAGCGGAGCUCGACGCUGCCGUCUGUGCCGAAACCAACCACUGGUUUGGGUGGUCCUGACCAAACUUGA